AUGGCCAACGCAGGCCUACUCCAGACCAGUCUGAUCUGGGUGGCUUACGCCGCCGCAGUCGUCUUCUGCCUCCUGGCUGCCAUCAUUACCACCUUCACCUGGCAGACGCCCCGGGAGCGAUCCGCCAUUGUCAGCAUCGUCGCUAUUGUCAGUCUGACGGCCCUCCUGGCAACCGUCCUUCUCUUGCCUGUCGACAUUGCCCUCAUUUCCUCCACAACACACGCAUCGCUUGGCGUGAAGAAGGACUGGGCUACCGAGGCGCGAGUCCACGAUAUCCUUCAGACACUGCGCAUCGUCUACUAUUCCCUCUAUAGCUUCGAUGCUUUGCUGUGUCUCUUGAUCAUCCCGUUCGCCUACUUCUGGCAUGAGGAGUACGAUGAGAUCGAAGUCGAGGAAGGCCGGUCGUUCAGCAGCCGCCUCAUUAGCGCGCUGAAGUACACACUCGUCUUCGUCGUUCUGGUCUUGAUCCUCUUCCUGGUCGGCUUCUUCGUACCUGCCGCCGGCGAUCACAACGGUGCUCACUGGGACCUGGACUACUUCAAGCGCAUUCUGGUUCAGAACAACGGCCAAAAGGCGCUUGCCUUUGCUCUUGGACUCCUCGUCACUCUCGGGGUUCUGCUGUAUGUCAUCUACACAGCCGCCGGACUGGCCCUGCUUCCCAUGUCCUUCAUCAAGUCUGCGCCCUCGAUUUCUGCGCCUCAACUCACCGAAAGCACCGCAACGGCCUUGGAGCAGAACCGGGAGCGCCAGCGCCAGCUGGAGAUGCGCAAUGCCGGUCGCCCUGAGGGUAUGUCGUCCAAGGACAGGCGUGAACUCGAGGCACUGGUGCGCGAAGAGCGCACUUUGACGCGUCGCGAAAGACUAGCAGCCGAAGCCUCCGGCGAAGGCCGCAGCACUAUCUAUAGAUUUUGGCUCAAGGUCUGCGCCGUCUUCCGGCCCAUCAAACUUCUCGGCGGUAUCUUACUGCUCUUGCUUUCCGUCUUGAUCUGGGUUUCCAUGUUGAUCACGGGCAUCGACAAGGCGAAGAACUCCUUCUGCAAGGGCAAGUGCGGCUACAUUCUGGGUCACAUCAACAUCUUCCAACCCAUCAACUGGGUCUUUAUCCAGUCGGCCAAGGCCUUCCCCAUUGACUACGUUUUGAUGGCCCUCUUGGUCCUCUUUUUCUUCAGCAGUUCAAUCACGGGUAUUGCAACCAUCGGCAUCCGAUUCUUGUGGGUUCGCAUCUUCCAGAUCCGCAAGGGACGUACCGCGCCGCAGGCUCUCCUCAUUGCGACCGUCAUGCUGGCCCUCAUCAUCCUCGCCAUCAACUACACCAUUGCAAACAUGGUUGCUCCCCAGUACUCCAUGUACGGCACUCAGACAUACUGCACAGCUCCUCACCACGCUGGCGAGACCCCCAACUGCAAGGACAGGCCCGAUUAUCUGGUGCAGUGCUCCGAAGCGCUGGAUCCCGAGGCCCUCAAGGUCUGCACGCCUUCCAUCAUGGCUGAGUUCCUCAACCGCAUCGCAAUCACGUGGCCCUUCUUCGGCCUGGUAGACUUCUGGGCCCAGUUUGUCUUCCUCGGUAUUUUCCUCGUUGUUUUCACAACUGGACUCUUCCGGGCUCCCAAGCUCAAUGUGUCCGAGGUCGAUGAGGACGCCGAGGAGGACGAGGAGGAGGGUCUGCUGGCAAGCACCGGUCGUAGGUUCGGAGCGACGUGGCAAGACAUCACGGGCCGCACCAAGAAGACCAGCUACGGUACGCAGGAGGGAAACAAUGGUGCCGGGUCCUCUGAGGAGGCCUAG